AUCUAUCUAUCUAUCUAUCUAUCAUCAUCAUCAUUAUCUAUCUAUCUUUCGAUCGAUCUAUCUUCAUCAUCAUCAUUAUUAUCUAUCUAUCAUCUAUCUAUCUAUCAUCUAUCUAUCUAUCUAUCUAUCUAUCUAUCUAUCUAUCUAUCUAUCUAUCUAUCUAUCUAUCUAUCUAUCUAUCUAUCUAUCUAUCUAUCUAUCUAUCUAUCUAUCUAUCUAUCUAUCUAUCUAUCUAUCUAUCUAUCUAUCUAUCUAUCUAUCUAUCUAUCUAUCUAUCUAUCUAUCUAUCUAUCUAUCUAUCUAUCUAUCUAUCUAUCUAUCUAUCAUCUAUCAUCAUCAUUAUCUAUCUAUCUAUCAUCUAUCUAUCUGUCUGUCGUCAUCUAUCUAUCAAUCUAUUUUCUAUCUAUGUGUGUGUGUGUGUGUGAAAAGAACAAGAUGACGCAGCAUCACGUGGCCCGGGCGCCUCGCGCACUUCACACCUUUGUCUUCCCCCCCUUUACGGUGGGGCUGCGAAUGUCAGCAAAAGCCGUGGUUAAGGCAGGUUGGGGCACAUGCUGCCACUGUGGGCACCUGGGAGAUACUCUGGAGUGGCUGGCCGGUCCCUGCCUGGGACGCAAACAGCAGGAUGGAGCCACGUCCAGGGACCUGUCUCGCUCCUCAGUUCUGUCUGAAGGUUCAUUUUUGGCGGAGGCUUAA